AGUGUGCGCAUGCGCUCAACUCGUCUGCCUGCUUCUUGUUGACAUUUAUCGAAUUUUCCGUAUCGGCAAAAGCGACCAAAGCGACCAAAAGGGCAUCGCGUGAAUAUAUCACCCACAUGCAACGUGCCCUGAAUUAACAUCACCCGCGCCCACGACGUAACUGAAUUUACCUUAUAUUCAACUAAUCGACACAUUUUCUUAUGGCACCAGGUGAAGACUUCGACAGCGGGAUGGAGAGCCAAGAAACAAGUGCGAAAGACACCACACCGGAAAAGCGAUCCGAACUCGACACUGACUUAGAUAACGAGCCCGACGAAUCAGUGACGGAGCGAUUAUGGGGCCUCGCCGAAAUGUUCCCCGAAAGCGUACGCAAUGCAACCACCACGGUGGUAACCAACACCACAUCCGGCAUUAAGAACUUCUACAACUUUUCGCGGAACGCGAUGUGGAUUGUGUUCAGCACAUCAAUUAUCUUGUUUGCACCUGUUAUUUUCGAAGUGGAGCGCGCACAGCUUGAUGAGAUGCAACGCAAUCAACAGAAACAGUUACUUUUAGGUCCUAAUACUGCCAUGGCUGGGGGUGGCGGCUCAUUGAUGCCACCAAUGCCGCGGUAAACCAGCCAACAUCAAUUACAUUGAAUGUUAAAUUGUGAACUUGUUGAAUUGGGAGUAAUUGACAAGUUUAAUAGUCAGUCCAUUGCAUUAACUCAAUUUGGUACUGUGUUUGUGUAAAAAAUAACUAAACUGAACAAAGUGAAAAUGGCACAUUACCAAUUGCAUUUGUUUUUUCUUCUUUGAAUACCAAAUGGAAAAUCUGUUAGUUCAUUUUGUUUUUUAGAAAAUAUAAAUAAAUAUCUAGAAAACCA